CACUACCUGCUAUGGUGAAGGUCAGCAACAUCAGCAACGACAAGAACAACAAGAAAACCCAAUAUCCCUACGUCGCUUUGAACUUGUAAACUCCUGAUAUAGAAACUUUCGCGGGCAACUUUAAACAACUCACUUUUCGCUCCAGGAGCUACUCUCCGCGUUCAUACACAGGCAAUAUCUAGGAAACAUUAUAAGGAGUUCUUCGACAGUUUUCGGCCAUCAUGAGUACUAAACCGGCAUCUGAUACCCCGCGCUUCGAUCCCAAUUUCACCCAACAUGUCAUCGACUCCAUGGGCCCUAACACCUCACCGCGCAUGCGGCAGGUUAUGGCAAGCCUGACGAAACAUAUACAUGAUUUUGCCCGCGAAGUCGAGCUGACGACGGACGAGUGGAUGGAAGGUGUUCAGUUACUCAAUUGGGCCGGUCAGAUGAGUGACGAUAAGCGAAAUGAAGGACAACUUCUGUGCGACGUUAUCGGGCUGGAAUCGCUUGUGGACGAAAUUACUUUCAAGAAAGCCUCAGAAGCUACUACUUUGGCGACCCGGACUGCUAUUCUAGGCCCAUUCUUCCGCACUGAUCAUCCCAUUCGUGAAAAGGGUGCCACCAUCUCCUUUAACACGCCCGAUGAUGCCGAGAUUGUGUACAUGCAUGGACGUGUGCUUGACGCAGUAACAAAAACGCCUUUACCCAAUGCCAGCAUCGAUGUGUGGGAGGCUUCGACAAACGGUUUAUACGAGCAGCAAGAUGAUAAUCAGGUCGACAGUAACUUGCGUGGAAAGUUCAUAGCAGACGCGAACGGCGAGUACGCCUUUUACUGCAUAAAACCCACUCCAUAUCCGGUCCCAGAUGAUGGACCAGCAGGAAAGUUGCUGAAAUUACUCGACCGCCACCCAUAUAGGCCGGCACAUAUCCAUUUGAAUGUUAUACUUGCUGGGUUCAAUCCUAUGGUAACACAAAUAUUUGAUAAGGAUAGCAAAUAUCUCGACAAUGACUCGGUUUUUGCGGUGCAGGACUCACUCCUUGUUGAGUUCGUGCCUCGCAGCGGCGACGAGAAGGCAAAAUUGGAGCUGAAAUAUGACGUCUACCUGGCACCUUCGGAGUAGAUGGUUAUUUAGGACUGCAAGUGUUAGUUAGCCGCAACGAUUUAUAUGUACUAUUUUCUUUAACAACUAAG